UCUCUCAUUCUUUCCCUCUGCUCCCUUUAUUGUCAAAUAAACAGAGCUCUCUCAAAUCUCCACAUGGGCUCACUCAUGGUCAGAGCUGAAACGGACACUUGUUCUGGGGAGUCUAGGGGAUCUAGACUUUUAUUUUACCUAAAAAGGCACCAGAUGAAUCCCAACUGAGGCUUAAAUGGAAGCAUAACACCACAGACUACUGACGUGAAGCCAUCAUAAUCAGUGCAAUGGAGAAGCCUUUUGUUCCAGAGGUCAAGUUCAGGCUGGACAAGGGCACAGCCCAUCCUGCACCCAGCACCCCGGCCAGAGGACAGUGGUCAAGCAAAGUUGAGUUCCUCUUGGCUGUUGCAGGACAGAUCAUAGGCCUAGGAAAUGUGUGGAGGUUUCCUUACCUGUGCUACAAAAAUGGAGGAGGGGUGUUCUUCAUCCCUUAUGUGCUCUUCCUCUUUACAUGCGGCAUUCCCCUGUUUCUCCUCGAGACGGCUCUCGGCCAGUACACCAAACAGGGAAGUAUAACCUGCUGGAAGAAAAUUUGUCCCCUUUUUGAAGGGAUGGGCUAUGGCAAUCAGGUGGUUGUUUUGUACUCCAGUAUCUAUUACAUCAUUAUACUGGCAUGGGCUUUCCUGUAUCUCUUCUUCUCUUUCCACUCUGAACUCCCCUGGGCGAGUUGCAGAAAUAGCUGGAACACAAACACUUGCAUAGAGUUUGAUCGAAGGGCUCAUUCUUUGAACUGGACUGUAGCCGAAAAUGCAACUUCACCAGUGAGAGAGUUUUGGGAGAGAAGAAUUUUGAAGGUCACAGGAAGUGUGGAUGAGUUAGGCAGCAUACAUUGGGAGCUGGCUCUGUGUCUUCUGUUGUCCUGGAUCAUCUGUUACUUUUGUAUCUGGAAAGGAGUAAAGUCAACUGGAAAGGUAGUUUACUUUACAGCAACAUUUCCAUAUGUGAUGCUGGUGGUGUUGCUUGUUCGUGGACUCACGUUGCCCGGGGCCUUAGAUGGGAUCAAGUUCUACCUCUACCCAGAUCCAUCCCGCCUCACUGACCCACAGGUGUGGAUGGAUGCUGGCACACAAAUCUUUUACUCUUAUGCUAUUUGCAUUGGGUGUCUAACUGCCCUUGGCAGUUAUAAUAAAUACAACAAUAACUGUUACAAGGAUUGUGUGUACUUGUGCCUUCUGAAUAGUGGGACCAGCUUUGUAGCUGGUUUUGCCAUAUUCUCUGUACUUGGAUUCAUGGCAUAUGAGCAGAACACAGACAUAUCAAAAGUGGCAGAGUCAGGUCCUGGCUUGGCAUUCAUUGCCUACCCUCGAGCAGUCGCCAUGAUGCCUUUGCCUCAGCUCUGGGCGAUAUUCUUUUUUAUUAUGAUCAUCCUACUGGGACUGGACAGUGAGUUUGUAGGUCUGGAAGCUCUAACAACAGCAAUUUCUGACGUGAAUCCUUCCUUCUUUCACGUCGGCCAUCGACGGAAAAUACUUCUACUUGUCAUCAGCAUUUCUUGUUUCUCCAUUGGCCUCGUGAUGGUUACAGAAGGUGGACUGUACAUCUUCCAGCUGUUUGACUACUACGCCUGCAGUGGGAUGACUCUACUUCUUUUUGCCAUACUGCAGUCUGUGUGUGUUGGAUGGGUGUAUGGUGCAGACCGGUUUUAUGACAACGUUGAGGACAUGAUUGGAUACAGGCCUUUUCCUCUGAUUAAGUAUUGUUUGAAAUAUGUCACUCCAGUAGUAUGCAUGGGUACUUUCAUUUUCUCCUUGGUCAAAUACACUCCUCUGAAGUUUAACAACACAACGCCGUAUCCAUGGUGGGGUUAUGCUCUUGGGUGGUGGUUCACUCUCUCCUCUACACUCAUGGUUCCAUUAUGGAUGGUGUACAAUGUCAGCAUCACCCCCGGUACACUACGGCAGAGAAUCUCCAUAUUAUGUACUCCAGCUGAAGACCUUCCUAUGGAAAAAUUGGAGAAGAAAACUGUUGAACUGUUCAGCUUGACCUCAUCUCCUGACCCUAAAGAAAAGCUGGAGCAGUUUCAGAUAUACUAAACACUGAUCAGCAAUCACUGCACUAAAGGAAUGUGAAGUGAUUUUUGUAUUUUAUGUUUUUAAAUGUCAGAAAAUAGUGACACCUUAGGGGACAUCUAAAGAUCAACAACAGACAUUCGACUUACAACAAUAUACAACAAUCAAAACCGGCAAACCGUCGCCUUUCAAAAUCUACAAGUCACACAGGUACUUCAAUCUACAGCAGAUUUGUCUAUAAGCUAACUGAUUGAUCUCUUACUCACUUGUUUCAGCUACUAGCAAUUGGACCUGAACUUUUAUCUUCAAGAGCCAAAGGUCAUGAAUGAACAUCCACACUCAAAUUCAAAUGGAUAUUUGAUAUUUUAAAUAGUUACUUAUGUGAAGAAAAAGUGUAGAGUCUAUAUGAGUUUUUUGUUUUUCUUUAGUUUGAACUAGAAACGCGUGCCAAAAAAGCCAUACAGAUUGAAUACUUGAGUCACUUUUAGGUCACUGUGAAACAUAAAUUCAAUUUAAAAUUGUCAGUGUAAAUCAUAAAUAAAUUAGUUAGCAGCAGUUACCUGAAAGAAGAAUCCAGCCUUAGACACUGCGUGCACCUGAGCCGACUGAGCCACCAUUCUGUGACCCGCUCUACAACAUUUACAGAGCUCUCUGCUAAUGUAAAUAAAGUAAUCUACGGCUCCCGCAGGUAUAGAACGGCUCACUUGUGUUUGUGGGUUUGAUACAACAAAAUGGAAAUGUCAGUGAGUUGUAUUGUCAUAAUGGAAGCACAAAAGAGAAACGUCAGAAUCAGAAAAAAGAUAUUUUUAAGAGUUACAUAGAUAUAUUUUUAAUGAAGUCUCAAUUUUGAGCUUUUACAGUUUUUAUACAACACUGCUUUUAUAGAACAAAUCAGUUAUCACGUUUGCCGGUUGAUGUUUGUAUUAUUUUGUAUCGUUUUUUUUUUACAUCAUAUAUGAUUGAAAUUUGUGGCAAAAGUUCAGUUUAUAACAUAAAAAUGCUGUGAUAUGAUAUUUUUCCUUGUCUGUUUUCAAAAGAUUUCAGAAAAUGUGUGACUGUUUUAAAUUGAAAUGGUCACAUUUUUUAUUUCCUCUUGCACAGUACAUCAUAAAAAACCAGUGAGCUUAAUGUUAGUGCUAAUCAAAAUGUUAGUGUAUAUAGGAUCUGUGCAUAAUUUAAUUUGGUGUUUUAAAUCAUUCUUUCUUAAUCAUUCUUUAUAUAUUAUCUAGAAAUGAGGCAAUCAAGUAUUAACGCGAUUAAGUAUUAAUGGGUGUCAUGGAUUUUUCAAACAUUCAGUAAAGAUCACUUACCACUUUGUUUUUGUCUUGGAGAAAAGUUUCAUUAUAAUUUCUGACCUUUUUUUUUUCUAGACCAUGAAAAUCAGUAAUUUACAUAAUAAAAGUGUUGAAUCAUUAUUAGUAAUUUGGCAAAAACUGAUUUCUUUUGUGAACACUACACCACAUUAAAGGAGUUACAGUGCAUAAACUGUCACAUCCUUGAAUGCACCAAAACACGUUCUCAAACAAAGAUGUAAUACCACACAUCUAGUCUGUCGGCUUUUGAUCUGAUCACAUGGUUUUCCUCAGCAGAUGGUAUUUGUCUGAUUGUUGUGAAAUUGUAGAUCUGGAAUUUUCCAUGUUUAUUGAGCAUCUUUUCAACCGUGUUACAACUGAUACUCAAAGUUCAUUCUUGGCCUUGGAAACAAUAGCCGAGAAACCUCACUAAAAGGUUUAUUUAGUUCCCAUAUCGUACAGUAUGAGUUUCAAUCUUCUGUCUGCACACAAAAACAAACUAUAUAUAGUCAGUUUGCAGCUGCAGAUUUUUUGUGGCAGCAAUGAACCCAUCAUCACCAUAUAUCAAAGUUUCCUGUACUUUUGUAAAGGUUGUACCACUCAAACAGGGCUGGGAAUUUAAUUCAGACCCAGUGUUCCUUUAAAGAUUCCUCGUCCCUGGUGACAGAUUAGUAUAACCCAAAGCUUUGGAGUAACUGCCAACCAAACUGUAGUGAGACUGUUUUGUCAACUGGUCAAGAAUGAACUUUGAAUCUUAGAUUAACCAAUUUUGACAAAAAUAAAGAGGAUAAAUAAUAAAGUGGCUAUAUUAAUGUUUCAGUAAUAAUGUAUGAAAUUACUAAAACAAAAUAAUAAUGUGAAAGGUAAUGCUCUAAGUGAUGAACCUACAGAAAUUUAGCAACAGUUUCAGCUCAUUGUUUGUCUGGCCCUCAACUUUAUUAUUACUUGUUUUCAUUGAAAACCUGCUUUGUAUUACCUGCUCAGAACCAAAGAGCAGAAAAAGUGACUAACUGUAUUAUAUAGUAAAGCAUGUAGCAGCUUCAGGAGUUGGUAGAGACCAAAAGUUGUGCUCACAGCAUGCAUAUAAAGGAAACAACAAAAAUCAGUUAUUGCAGGUUUGAAAAUAAUGUGGUGAACGAUAACUGACUUGAGUAUAAAUGAGCAACUUUGAUUCACAUUGAUGAUCUGUGUCUUGAAAGACAAAGACAAAGCUGAAAUUCAUAUAAUCUGUUGUAAAUAAGGUUCAGACAAUUAACUGUGAUGUUUCCUCAAACUAUUUUAGCAUUACAUAAAGUUAAACUUUACCAUAAUUUUCCCAUUUGUAUGGCACUACUGCUAUCUUAAUGUCAAUGUCGUGUUGUGAAGAAUGACACCUUUCUUUAAAAUGCAACUCUUGGAUUUAUUUAAUGCUUUUAAAGUGCAAAAAAAUAAAAAAUAAAAUAUAUAAAGAAGACAUGAACAAAGGUACCCUAUGUAUUUUUCUUUGUCUGAAAAUAUUUCUUUUGCAUAAAUGCCCAAACACUGAUCAUAAUUUUCUUUACAGGGUGAAAAUCUUUUGUAUACAUGUAAACAUUUUGUAUGACAUAACACUUCAGUUUCUAAUAAAGUCAAUCUCAUGUGCCACAGCUGUAUUUAACCCUGUUUCUUUAUGUCAAAAUUGUCAAAAUGUAAUGUGCAGUUAUCGAUGAUAUGGGUGGCAAGAGGCCUGGAAAUCUGUUCGUAGUUGACAGUGGGGGGAUAAAUAUUCUGUAUAUUCUUAAACACAAUUUAUAACCGCUAGAAAAAAGUACUUCAUGCUCAUUUCCACUGUAAAAAAUGUUGAAUUAUUGAUUGAUUAGAGCCAGCAGUACUUAAAAACAUUUAGCAAUAAGCUGUUUAAAAACCUUGCUAACAUACAACAAUAUAUAUUAACACACACACACACAUACACACUGUUGAUUUUUUUUUUUUUACACAAAAUAUUUAAGACAGCUAAGGUUUUCAUUCUGAACCAACCAAUGUUUAUAAAACAUUUUUUGUCAGGACUUCAUCCUGACUUUUCAUGAAAAGAUAACAGUGUUGGCUUGACAGUCACCAAAGUGCAUCAUUGUCUACUAUCUACUAACAUUCAUACAUUUAACAAAAAAAAAAAAAAAAA